AUGAAGAUCUCGGCGGCGAAUGCCCACGCCAUGCUGGGCUGGGUCCUUGCCUUCCUCUCCGCCUCUGCUGAGGCCUCUCACAGCCACAAUCACCAGCACGUGCACACGGCCAAGAGGUACUCUCAUGAUCAGCUCGAGACGCGUUCGACCUGCGAGUUCCCCGCAGACGCUGACCCCAACCUGGUGGCCGUCACGCCCGAAUCCGAGAACGCUGGAUGGGCCAUGAGCCCCGACCAGCCGUGUAAGCCUGGCAGCUACUGCCCGUACGCCUGCAAGCCUGGCAUGGUCAUGGCCCAGUGGGACCCCGAUUCCACCUACACCUACCCGGCCUCGAUGAACGGUGGCGUCUACUGCGACAAGAGCGGCCAGGUCUCCAAGCCCUUCCCCAGCAAGCCCUACUGCGUUGACGGUACGGGUGCCGUCAAGGCCGUCAACAAGGCCGGCAGCGCCAUGUCUUGGUGCCAGACUGUCCUUCCCGGCAACGAGGCCAUGCUCAUCCCCACCCUCGUCACCGACGAGGCCACCAUUGCCGUCCCCGACCCCAGCUACUGGUGCUCCACCGCCGCCCACUUCUACAUCAACCCUCCCGGUGUCGGUGUCGAGGGCUGCAUCUGGGGCGACGAGUCCCAGCCUCUUGGUAACUGGAGCCCCUACGUCGCUGGCGCCAACACCGACUCCGACGGAAGCACCUUCGUCAAGCUUGGCUGGAACCCCAUCUACGAGGCCUCGUCUCUCAUGAGCACCGAGACCAAGUUUGGUGUCAAGAUCGAGUGCCCCGACGGUGGCUGCAACGGUCUCCCCUGCGCCAUCGAGCCUGCUUCUGGCGGCCACGUCGACUCUAGUCUCUCCGCCACCGGUGCCGGCGGUGCCGACUUCUGUGUUGUCACCGUCCCCAGCGGAGGCACCGCUCACAUUAUCGCCUACACCCCCGGUGGUGGUGACGAGGGCGACGACGGUGACGAGGGCGACGAGGGCGACGACGACAGCUCUGACAGCUCCACGUCGAGCAUUCCCGAGUCCACCUCGACUAGCUCUUCCUCGACCUCGACUAGCUCUUCCUCGACCUCGACCACCAGCCAGGAGUCCACGACGACGACGUCCAGCUCGACCACUAGCUCGACCACCAGCUCGUCCACCUCAGCCACCUCAACCACCUCAACCUCGACCACCCCCACCACCACGUCUACCUCCUACUCCAAGACGUCGACCUCGGCCUCCAGGACUUCGUCGCUCAGCGUCACCAGCUCGGCGACUUGGGCCCCUUCCAAGACGUCGUCCAAGACGUCUGCUACCCCCUUGAUCAAGGUCAACCCUGGUGUCUUCCACGAGAGCAGCAACACGACUGAGUCGUCGGACCACGAGUCUUCGUCCUCUGAUGACUCUGACGACUCAUCCUCUUCCGGCUCAUCCUCCGGCACGUCCAGCGCUUCCGCCGACUCGGCCGAGUCGAACAAGGGUGGCGACGACGAGGGUGCCGCCUACCGGCCUGGCGUCCCUGCUAUUGUCGGCCUCUUUGCCGCCUUUGCUUCGGCCGCCAUGCUCCUUUGA